GUCCCGCGGACCCAAUAGGGGACAGUCAGGGCUGUCCCGGCUGUGCACCUGCUGUGCACAUACCCCGCACCCGUCCCGGGCCCGUCACAGGCGCGCCCACUCACAAUCACACCACACACGGACGCAGCCACAGAACCGCACACACACACACAGUCACACAGUCUCCCUCCCCAGCAGGUAACUUGCACACAGGCCUGGGGCUUCUGCCUCCACAAGCCCUCUCCGCGCCCCAGGAACCCGGGUCCCCUGCCGUGAGCUCCUCUCGCAUCCAGACCAGGGUCACCUCAACUCACCACACGGAAAACGACCACCAGGUUAACGGAAAAGGGAGCCGGGGUCCUGGGAGAAGCGUAGUCCCCGUCGCAAUAGAGUCGGCGUGGGUGCAAAUGGAGGGGAGCUCCCGCAGCGAGCACCGCGCGGCGCCUAACGGGCCGCCCCGGAGACUCCUGGGAGCUCAGGCCCACGCGCGAGUGCGCAGGCGCAGACUACUCACCCUGGGCCGGGGGUGAGGCUUGGUGGGUGCCAGGGGUGCUGAGGAGGCCGAGGAGGGCACUGGGAGCUCCGUUCCGGGAGAGCUGUCUAAGGACGCGGAACCGGGUGGGGAGGCCAGGGAGGACUGUUUCCUUUUCCAAAAGAAGAGCUCAAAAGAGAAGGUUCAUCUAGAAAUCUCAAAGCCAUGUCUCAGGGUUUCACAUGACUAAGCCUGAUAUGAUCCGCAAGUUGGAACAAGGAGAAGAGCUAUGGACACAGAGAAUUUUUCCAAGUUACAGCUAUCUAGAAGAAGAUGGGAAAACUGAAGAUGUCUUAGUGAAGUUCAAAGAAUACCAAGACAGGCAUUCUAGAUCCCUCAUAUUCAUCAAUCACAAAAAACUAAUUAAGGAGAGAAGUAAUAUUUAUGGUAAAGCACUUACUCUAGGCAAGAACCGUAUUUCAAAAACCAUACUAUGUGAAUAUAAACCUGAUGGAAAAGUUUUGAAAAAUAUUUCAGAACUAGUCAUUAGAAAUAUAAGCCCCCUAAAAGAGAAGUUUGGGGACAGUACUGGAUGGGAGAAAUCACUCCUCAGUACGAAGCAUGAGAAAAUUCAUCCUGCAGUGAAUCUCCAGAAACAAACAGAAAGAGUUCUCAGUGGUAAACAGGAGCUUAUUCAGCAUCAGAAGGUUCAAGCUCCAGAGCCACCGUUUGACCAUAAUGAGUGUGAAAAAUCCUUCCUGAUGAAAGGAAUGCUCUUUACACAUACUAGAGCUCACAGAGGAGAAAGAACCUUUGACUACAAUAAAGAUGGAAUUGCCUUCAUAGAAAAGUCAAGCCUCAGUGUCCAUCCAAGUAAUCUUAUGGAAAAGAAGCCCUCUGCCUACAACAAAUAUGGGAAAUUCCUCUGCAGAAAGUCUGUCUUUAUUAUGCCUCAGAGACCACAAACAGAAGAGAAACCCUUUCACUGUCCUUACUGUGGGAAUAACUUUAGAAGGAAAUCAUACCUCAUUGAACAUCAGCGAAUUCACACCGGUGAAAAACCUUAUGUUUGCAAUCAAUGUGGAAAGGCCUUCCGUCAGAAGACAGCCCUCACCCUUCAUGAGAAAACACAUAUAGAGGGGAAACCCUUUAUUUGUAUCGACUGUGGGAAGUCCUUCCGCCAGAAGGCCACCCUCACUAGACAUCACAAAACACAUACGGGAGAGAAAGCCUAUGAAUGUCCUCAGUGUGGAAGUGCCUUUAGGAAGAAGUCAUACCUCAUUGAUCACCAGAGAACUCACACAGGAGAGAAACCAUAUCAGUGUAAUGAGUGUGGGAAGGCAUUUAUCCAGAAGACAACCCUCACUGUGCAUCAGAGAACUCACACAGGAGAGAAACCCUAUAUUUGCAAUGAAUGUGGGAAGUCCUUCUGCCAAAAGACAACCCUCACUCUCCACCAGAGAAUUCACACAGGGGAGAAACCCUAUAUUUGUAAUGAAUGUGGGAAGUCCUUCCGCCAGAAGGCAAUCCUCACUGUUCAUCACAGAAUACAUACAGGAGAGAAAUCCAAUGGGUGUCCUCAGUGUGGGAAAGCCUUUAGUAGGAAAUCAAACCUCAUUCGCCAUCAGAAAACUCACACAGGAGAGAAACCAUAUGAAUGUAAACAGUGUGGGAAGUUCUUCAGUUGUAAGUCAAACCUCAUUGUCCAUCAGAAAACUCACAAGGUAGAAACCAUGGGAAUUCAGUAAGUAAUGCGGCUUUUUUUGGUAAAAAAAUGUUAAGUCAUAGUAAACCCUGUAGAUGAUGUUGCUUGCAAGCAUAAUAAUAUCCAACAGUUUAAGGUACUAUGCCACAUGGUAACCUACUAUUUGCCAGCCUGUAAAACACACACACACACACACACACACACACACACACACACACAAAUAUUAUUAGACAAAUUACAUGACAAAAAUCAUUAAAAAGUCCAAAUUUUUUUAUUAGUAGCUUCAGCAGACAAAAAAUUCCUCUGUCAAGGUGUUAUAAACAUUUUAAAUCACAUUUUCCAUUUCAAUACAUAUCCUUUUGUUAAUCAGUAAUAACUAGUUGGCCAACUGACUGCGGUCCAUGGACUAUACAGUGAGUAGAGAGGUUCUUUAAAAGAAGGAGGUAUAAACUGUAUUUCUCAUUGCAAAUCCAAAAUAAAAAUUAGUUGUUACCUCCUCACAGUUGACCAUGAUUCUGACUUUUAACAUUACAAAUUAGUUUUUACAUAUUAUAAACCUUUCUAUAAAUUGGAUUAUCAUGCAUUCUUUCAUGUACGGCUUAUUACAUUCAUCAUGUCCCUGAGUCUAAUCAUUAGUGCAUGUGGCAGAAGUUUAUUUAUUUUUAUCCAGUAUAGAAUUCUAUUAUAUGAUUAUAUCACAAUUUAUCCAUUCUCCUGUUGAUGAACUUUUACAUUGUUUACAGCUUAGGGUCAUAAUAAAUCAUGCUUCUGAGAGCAUACUUGUCUUGGUGUACAUACAUGUAUUUCUCUUGUGUAUAUACUUAGGAAUGGAAUCGCUGGGUCUUAGUGCAUAUGUGUAUUCAGUCAGAUACUGGCAGACGAUUCAGAACUUUCACCACAUGAGAUAAUUGACACUGAAGGGAAACAGCUAUAAAUUUUAUCAAUAUGGUGCUGGUUCAAACCAGAGAAUUCUUGCUACAGGGAAACUUGAUCAGUGUUAUUGUGAAAACUGGGAAUGUGAAUGAAUGUAAUAUAUGUAGAAAGACGUUUAGCCACAGCCCAAAUCUUCCAGGCAAAUGUCAUAAAUGUGAGAUUACUGUUAGCCA